AAACGGUACGGACAAAUUGGAUUGGAAGAGAAACACCCGCCAUUCAAUUCGUCCACUCGUUCUUGAUCUUCUCCAUUUGCUCCAGUUUCCCCCCUUCCUUUCAGCUUCAGGAUGCAACUCACCACUCUACCUCGCCCGCCCGCCAUUCCUCUUCCAAACCCUAAUUUCCGGCGGUUUUACAGUCCCCAAUCAUCGGGUUUCUUUCCCAGGCCGCCGCCCACUGUUUGUUGUUUGCUCACGCCCCGCCGCAUUUGCGCAGCCGCUCCUUUCUCUUCCGGGAGGAAGAACUUUGGGAAUGGGGUUCUGACCAAUUGCAUUGGGGCGAGCCAGGAGAGCGUGAGUGGUGGAGAGGAUGGAGAGUCGUCGGUGGAAAUGGCGGCGGGAAGCGUGGAAGGGCUGGAGAAUCAGAGUUUUUGGAAUCAAAUCAAGGAGAUUGCCAUGUUCACGGGGCCUGCUACUGGGCUUUGGUUGUGUGGGCCGUUGAUGAGUCUCAUUGACACUGUGGUCAUUGGUCAGGGGAGCUCCAUUGAGCUUGCAGCUUUAGGACCUGGGACGGUGUUCUGUGAUUAUAUCUGUUACGUGUUCAUGUUUCUCUCGGUUGCUACUUCGAAUUUGGUUGCGACUUCCCUAGCCAGACAGGAUAAAUCGGAAGUGCAGCACCAAAUAUCGAUACUUUUGUUUGUUGGAUUGAUAUGUGGGGUGUUUAUGCUUUUCUUCACGAGGUUCUGUGGUUCGUGGGCACUUACUGCUUUUGCAGGACAGAAGAACCUUGAUAUAAUACCCGCAGCAAAUACUUAUGUCCAGAUUCGAGGCUUAGCGUGGCCCGCAGUUCUUGUUGGAUGGGUUGCUCAAAGUGCUAGUCUUGGAAUGAAAGAUUCGUGGGGUCCUUUGAAAGCUUUAGCAGUUUCUACUCUUGUUAAUGGUGUUGGUGAUAUAGUCCUCUGCAGAUAUUUAGGCUAUGGUAUAGCUGGGGCAGCAUGGGCAACAAUGGUGUCCCAAGUCGUUGCAGCCUUUAUGAUGAUUGACACUCUGAACAAGAAAGGCUACAAUGCAUUAGCAAUAUCUGUUCCGACGUUUGAUGAUCUUCUGCGCAUACUUGGGCUUGCUGCUCCAGUGUUUAUUACAAUGACAUCAAAGGUCGCAUUUUAUUCCUUCAUCAUUUACUUCGCCACAUCUAUGGGCACACAUGUGGUGGCAGCUAAUCAGGUCAUGAGCCAAGUAUUUGGCAUGUGUGGUGUGUGGGGCGAGCCUAUCUCCCAAACUGCUCAAUCUUUUAUGCCCGAGCUAAUAUACGGAUCCAAUAGAAAUUUGUCAAAGGCACGAUCGCUGCUGAGAUCCCUAGUCAUAAUUGGAGCAGCUCUUGGAUUCACAUCAGCAGUCAUUGGUGCAUCUAUUCCUUGGUUUUUCCCAAAUCUCUUCACUCCUGAUCAAAAAGUAGUAAACCAGGCUGGACGAGAUCUCAAGUUCCUUAGCCUGUCAAUGAGUGGGUGCUUCACCGUGGGUGCUCUAUUAGUGAUGGCUGCAGCAAGCAAAGGAUUCGGCUUACCAGGCUGCUGGUUUGCCCUCGUAGUAUUCCAAUGGUCUAGAUUUGGUCUUGCACUCCAGCGACUAGUAUCUCCCACUGGCAUAUUGUUCUCAGACGACAUGAGUCGAUAUAAGCUCGAGAGAUUGAAAGCUGCUACUUAGCUUUUUGACAUCAUGGUGCAGGAACCCCACAUUCAUCGUUACAGUUUACAGAAUCUUACUGGGAGCACUUCUGGCAUUGUUUGAUCAGAUGACUAAAGAAACACAGCAAAGUGCUCCCUAGAAACACGAACGAUACGCGAAAAAACGUUGUGAAUCACGUUGAUGUUGUAAUACUGAUAGGUUGAUCGUUUAGUGAAAUCCCAAAUCUGUAAAGGAAGAGAAGGGAAUAUAUCAUCGCCACUAGCAGUCACGUUGUAAUAGUUGGAGAAAAUAAGCUGGAAUGGAGCUGCUAGCUUUGCUUCGAAGUUGAGAC